CUGUGUGUUUGGUUUCCUUUUUCUCUCUCUAUUUUUUAUUUUCUCUCUUUUCUUUCUAAUUCUUGAGUUUGAAGACUGACUCAAAGUUUCUCCGGCAUUUCCAACACGAUGACUCAGUAGCAGAUCGGAUGAAUUGAGGCAAUGGGGAGGAAUAGCAGGAAGGGGAUUGUUGUAAAAUUAGAAUUGUGAUGAUUUCGCUGCUUAAUUUAGUGAGUUGAGGAGAAUUAGAGGUUGGAAGAGAGGGAGAUUUUGGGAGAUUUAUUAGUUUAUUUUUGUAAUUUAUGUUGGUUGAAUGAGUCCAAGAAGUAAGUUUGGGGAGGGGGUUUCAGUUCCAAGAGAAAAAGAAAUCCAGAUCAUGGGUACUUGGAUGCCUGUGACAUCGGAAAAACCAAUUCCGGUGAGAACUAGUCCGGUGGCCUUGGACAGAUAUGGGAGACCACUGGCAAGAGAAAACUGGCAAGAACUGGCUGGGUUACCUGUUGGACAUAUGCAAGAGAUGCUGAGUUACAAUAGAGGCAUUAAUAAUAUACAAGAUCUGCCAAAUUACAGUAGAGGCAUUAAUCAUAUACAAGAGCUGCCGAAUAACAGUAGAGGUGUUAAUCAUAUACAAGAGCUGCCAAAUUACAGUAGAGUCAUUAAUCAUACACAAGAGCUGCCAAACUACAGUAGAGUUGUUAAUCAUACACAAGAGCUGCCGAACUACAGUAGAGGUGUUAAUCAUAUACAAGAGCUGCCGAAUUUGAAUAGAGGCAUUAAUCAUGUGCUAGAGCUGCCAAGUUACAAUGGAGGUGUUAAUAAUUUGAAUCUGAUUGGAGAAGUAGCUCGAACUGAAGGGUAUUAUGGUAGUAAUGAUGCUGGUGUGGCUGAGAGAAGCGGAAUGAUCAACCAAAUUGCAGCCUCCUACAGACAAGCCUUGUAUAAUGAAAGCGCAGGCUGGAACAAUAAUGCCGUAGCUGAACUUUUGGCAAACAAGAAUGCAGCUGCAUUUGCCUCUGUAAACAGAAUUCAAGGCAGAAGUACAAGCAUGGCAAAUGCACCUCUAACUCCAAAUUUGCAAUCUCAAGUCAGCAACUGGGGAGACACCAACUCAAGUAAUUUGAUUCACAAUCAAAUUUACUUUGGUUCAAACCCCUUGAGUAACAGUAGCAGCUUUCAGCAGAUAUCCCAAGAUGGAUUCCCUGUUACUUACCAAUCCAACUACAAACUGAAUUCACCAAGUACUGCUGCCAGUGCAGGACCAAGCAUCACCUCCUCACUGCCAAUCUCACCGGUAACACCAGAUCAUCAGUUGAAGAAGUUGGCAAACAAUCAGCUUUCUAUGACAGUAAAUUUCUCAAUGGGUGAAAACUCGACUCAGGGAAAAGACAAGCAACAAACUUCAGUCAUGCCCAUUGGAAAUGAAGCUACUCAGCACAACUCUGAUGGAUUAUUUCCAAAAGAUGUGUCGCCAUUGGUCAUUUCAACAGCUCUUGAGGAAAAGAAGGAUUUGGAUAAUGGAGGUGACCAGGGAAUUGACCUUAACAAGACACCCCAACAGAAACCACCCAAAAGAAAAAAGAUCAGGCCAAAAGUAUUUGUAGAAAAACCCAAAAAGACUGAAAAAAAGACCCCUGGUCAGAAGAGAAAGUAUGUACGGAAGAAAGGCCUGAAAGAAUCAGCAGAACAACCGGAAGAUGUUUUGAGGGAGGCUACUGAUCCUAGUGCUGGACCUCCUGCAAAAUCAUGCAGAAGAUCAUUGAAUUUUGAUUUUGAGAAGACUAGAGAUGGAAGUCAAAUCAAAGUAAUUAGUCAGCAGGAAGAAAUGCAACAAAGGCAUCUGAUGACUUUUAAUUUAAACUUGGAUUCUCAAGCCACAGAAUUAGCCAACAGAACUAGUGGAACAAAGUCAACUAUGCUGAUUGGCAAUCAGAAUGGUUUUCCCACAGUAAACCAGCAACCAGGAACUGUUAGUACCGAUACCCUUUCCAUGAAUCAAAUUCUGGCUGAUAACAAAUCAAUUCAAGAAAGGCAUGCAGUUGCACCUUCACCACUUCCAAGAAAAGAUCCACGCAUGGAAAAUUUAAAUGUCAUAUCCAGUAAUGUAGAUACUAGAACUGCUGAAACAUGCCAAAAGAAUAGCACAAAUGGAUACACUCCUAUCCAGCAACAUAUAAAUGCAAAAGGAAUUGGACAGACUGUGUCUCGAGCACAAACCAAUUUUGAAAACUUUGAGAAAGCAAGAGUGAUCUUUUCAACUUUCCCUCAAUCAGAGGUUUUGUCCAGUUUGAAAGAAGCAAGGGGAUCCAAGAGAGGAUAUUGCCAUACAAUUGAGCAGACACACCCACAUACUGUAAAUUCAAUGGGUUCUUCAUCGUGGUACCAAGAUAUAUUUCACAUGGAUGGAUGUCACCAAAACAGCAACACUGUGGGUGUAGAUUCAAAGAAACGCAGGAAAAGGAAAAUUGAGAGUGGACUACAUACAAACACAGAUGGCAACCUUUGUGGUACAGAUGCAAUCAAAGGUUGCUCAAUUCAAGCUCAAACAAAACGUGCCAAUGGCAUCAAUGGGAGUGUAUAUCAGAUAGGAGAUAGUGAAGUGGUCAAGAGACUUAGUGACUGGCACGCUCAAUCUGUAGCUUCUGGGAGUAACUUUACAAACCAGAUUCAUUCUAAGCAGCAUUUGAGCACAGAAAAAUUGAGAGAGACUAUCGGAUUGACUUCAGUCCCUGACUCUGCAUCCUUAGCUGCAAGUGAGAUAUUUAACCUGCUCCCACCUACUCCCCCUGGCAAAGCCCGAGCACCUGGAGACAGGGUAGCAAGGAAAACUUGCCACACUAAUGAUUCAGCAAAGCAAAAUGUGAAGCGCAAUCGAGGCAAAUCAGCUUCAUCUGGAACGGAUCAGUUGCUACCAGAACAUAGGGAAGCCAUGCAUGAUCGUCCACAAUAUUCUGCAAAAACAAAAGGACUUCCAAAUGAACAGAUUUAUCCUAUUAAAAUGGAUGAGAUUAUACAUAAAUUCAAAGGUCUCAGUCUCAAUGGAGCGUCCAGCCAUGUACCGGAGCAAGUGCAGAAUGCAAUUGUUCCUUACAAGCAAGAUGGUACAAUUGUUCCAUACAAGCAAGAUGGUACAAUUGUUCCAUACAAGCAAGAUGGUACAAUUGUUCCAUAUGAAGGUUUUGACUUCAUGAAGAAACGUAAACCAAGGCCUAAAGUGGACCUUGACCCGGAGACAAAUAGAAUCUGGAAUCUAUUGAUGGGCAAGGAAGGAAGUGAAGGCCUUGAAGGGAUGGAUAAGGAAAAGGAAAAAUGGUGGGAAGAGGAGAGAAAAGUUUUCCAAGGACGAGCUGAAUCUUUCAUUGCAAGAAUGCAUCUUGUACAAGGAGAUAGACGCUUCUCAAAAUGGAAGGGGUCUGUUGUUGACUCAGUGAUAGGAGUUUUCCUUACACAGAAUGUUUCAGACCAUCUCUCAAGCUCGGCCUUCAUGUCUUUGGCAGCACGAUUUCCUCUUAAGUCAAACGACAGGGAUGGUACAAACAUAUUGGUUGAAGAACCAGAAGUAUGUGUGGUGAGCCCAAAUGAUGCCAUCCAAUGGAAUGAACAGGUAUUAAGAAAUCCACUCUACAGUCAAAGCUCUAUAACCCCACAUGAAUUAACAGAACGUCAGAGGGAAAGCGAUAUCUCAGGGAUAGAAAAAACAAGCUUAUUGGAGGCUCAUAGUCAUAGCUUGGAGGAAGAAGUCAUAUCAUCACAAGAUUCUUUUAGUUCUUCAAUCCUUCAAGGCAGUGGAGGAAUCAAAUCCUCUUCAGGCUCCAACUCUGAAGCAGAAGAUCCUACUUCUGGGUGCAAACCUAAAAAGGGUCAUGGUUCAACAAAUUUUCUACAACCGGGAAAUGCCACUUUGUUUCAGGAUUUCUACAGUUGCAUAAAUGAGAACUCACUAUUUCAAGAGGGUUAUGUGAAUGGGCAUAAGUCGUCAAACUAUUGCCAACAAGACUCAGGACUGGGCAGCAUUGAGAACUUUGGCAGCUCUUUAACUUUUACUCAAUUACUCAAUUUUGACAGUUCACAGAAUCAGGUGCCGAUAGUCCCUUCCAACAACUAUCAGCCAUGCAUGACUUCGUACUCAGAACUAUUAGAAGGUUCUGAGAUCUACAGUGGAGAGUGCAUAUCUUCCUGGCAUUCAACUGCUUUUGCGUAUCCAAAGGGAAAAGAUGCAGAUCAUACAAGCAGAAGGAAUGGACAGCUGGCAGAAGAUGUAGGUGAAACAACAGUCCAACAGAAUGGAUUAACAAUUCCAGAAGAAAUGCCAUCAGUGUGCACACAUGCAAAAUUAAGCAAGCAAUCAAUGCCACAACAAAGUAUUUGUCAGCCAGGAUCUCAGGAAAAAUAUAAUCAACAAUACAGUGAAACCAUGUCACUUAGAGAGCCUGUAAAUCUUGUAGAAACACUGGCUGAGGGGCAGAAUGUACUGAGUUAUAGGGAGGUUGCGGAAAAAACUUUUGAUAUUGAGGAAAGAAUCUCUGCAGUGAAUAAGGUCUCAGAAAAUAAACCAGUCAAACCAAAUUCAAAGGAGCAAGUACUUUCCAAUGCAUAUGGUGAGGCAAAUCCCAGUAUUUCGAAAUCGAAAAAAGCGAAGGUUGAUGCUGCUAAAAAGACUGCAAUUGACUGGGACAUGUUAAGAAACCAGGUUCAGAGCAAUGGUAAGAAAAAGGAAAGAAGUAAAGACACAAUGGACUCACUGGACUAUGAAGCAGUGAGAUGUGCCAAUGUUGAUGACAUUUCUAACGCUAUCAAAGAAAGAGGGAUGAACAACAUGCUAGCACAGAGAAUACAGGCUUUCUUGAACAGAAUUGUCGGAGAACAUGGAAGCAUUGAUCUUGAAUGGUUAAGAGAUGUUCCCCCUGACAAAGCGAAGGAUUAUCUCUUAAGCAUACGUGGAUUGGGGUUAAAAAGUGUAGAAUGUGUGCGGCUUUUAACUCUUCAUCAUCUUGCUUUUCCGGUCGACACAAAUGUCGGACGCAUAGCAGUUAGAUUGGGAUGGGUCCCUCUGCAACCACUGCCCGAAUCUCUUCAGUUACACCUCCUGGAACUAUACCCAAUAUUGGAGUCAAUACAGAAAUAUCUCUGGCCAAGAUUGUGCAAACUAGAUCAAUGUACACUAUAUGAGCUACAUUACCAGCUGAUUACAUUUGGAAAGGUCUUCUGUACAAAGAGCAAACCAAAUUGCAAUGCAUGUCCAAUGAGAGGAGAGUGCCGACACUUUGCAAGUGCUUUCACAAGUGCAAGGCUUGCAUUGCCAGGGCCUGAGGAAAGGAGUAUGGUGAGUUCAACUGUGCCUACUACAGCUGAACGAAACCCUGCCCCAGUUAUCAAUCAUGUGCUAUUACCUCCACCUGAAGAAAGGUCAAUCAGAGAAGCAAGGCGUGAUAUUGGCAACUGUGAACCCAUAGUUGAAGAACCAGCUACGCCAGAACCAGCAACAGAAAUAUCAGGAAGCGACAUUGAGGACACAUUUUAUGAGGAUCCUGAUGAAAUCCCAACAAUAAAACUCAAUAUUGAAGAGUUCACAGUGAAUCUACAGAAUUAUAUGCAGAAGAACAUGGAACUCCAAGAAGGUGACAUGUCCAAGGCUCUAGUUGCUUUAAACCCAGACGCUGCUUCUAUUCCUGUACCCAAACUCAAGAACGUGAGUCGCCUGCGAACAGAGCACCAAGUGUAUGAACUUCCAGAUUCUCAUCCUCUGCUAGAAGGGAUGAAUAGGCGGGAACCUGACGAUCCCAGCCCAUAUCUUCUCGCUAUAUGGACACCAGGUGAAACCGCCAAUUCUAUUCAACCUCUUGAAAAAAGCUGCGGGUCACAAGAAUCAGGAAAGUUGUGCAAUGAGAAGACAUGUUUUUCAUGUAAUAGUAUAAGAGAAGCCAAUUCACAAACAGUCAGAGGAACUCUUCUGAUACCUUGUAGAACAGCAAUGAGAGGAAGCUUCCCACUCAAUGGCACAUACUUUCAAGUUAACGAGAUGUUUGCAGAUCAUGAGUCUAGCCUCAAUCCAAUCGAUGUUCCAAGAGAAUUGAUAUGGAAUCUGCCAAGACGUACUGUAUACUUUGGAACAUCUGUAUCAACAAUAUUCAAAGGCCUUACAACAGAGGGGAUACAGUACUGCUUUUGGAGAGGUUUUGUUUGUGUGAGAGGUUUUGACCAAAAAACGCGAGCACCCCGGCCUCUUAUGGCCAGAUUGCACUUUCCAGCAAGUAAGUUAGCCAAAACAAAAACUGAAAACAAAAGAUAAGCAGCCUCUGGUGCAGAGAAGAUUACCAGCAUAAGUACUAAUAAUGAUCCAGAUAUGAGGGAAGAUUACCAGCAAAAGUACCAAGAAUGAUCUGAAAUAAAAGGGAAGAAAAAAUUGCUGACUUCAGGAAGAAAAAUGAAUUUUGACUAACAUAAUGUUGUACAUUCAAUUGUUCUUUCUCUAACAUGAGAUGCAUUCACCUCAUGUUAGCCCAGGAAAAGAAAGUUUUAAAUUAGAUUGUAAGAUCCCAUGGAAAUGGGAUGUCAUUUGUACAUGAUUGAAAUUACAAUUAUAGUCUCAAUUCAUGCUCAAAUGAGCAAUUUUUUAAGACUAGCAAAUGGAUUGGUAUGGCAUGAAUUAUAUAAAAGAAAUGCUGCGUUCAUAUAAGAAUGUAAUAGGAUUGCAGAUUGAACUUACCAACACC